CUGGGAAGAAACGUGCUGGGAUGGUUUGUCCAACUGGCGCUGGAUUGUGAAGCCACCACGUGCUCCCGGUCUUCUCCAGACAGGUAAUGCCACCGACAGAGGCCGUCCUGAAGCUCCCUGCAGCCCGGAGACUAUGUACAAGAGGAAUGGCCUGAUGGCUAGCGUGCUGGUGACCUCUGCCACUCCACAGGGCAGCAGCAGCUCAGACUCUCUGGAGGGCCAGAGCUGCGACUAUGCCAGCAAGAGCUACGACGCUGUCGUCUUCGACGUCCUGAAAGUGACUCCCGAGGAGUUUGCUAGCCAGAUCACGCUCAUGGACAUACCUGUGUUUAAAGCCAUCCAGCCGGAGGAGCUAGCCAGCUGUGGGUGGAGCAAGAAGGAGAAACACAGUCUCGCCCCCAACGUUGUCGCCUUCACCAGGAGGUUUAACCAGGUCAGUUUUUGGGUUGUACGAGAGAUUCUAACAGCACAGACUUUAAAAAUAAGGGCAGAAAUCCUGAGCCAUUUUGUGAAAAUAGCCAAGAAACUUCUAGAACUCAACAACCUUCAUUCUCUCAUGUCUGUGGUGUCAGCAUUACAAAGUGCACCCAUCUUCAGGCUGACAAAAACCUGGGCUCUUUUGAACAGAAAAGACAAGACCACCUUUGAGAAAUUGGACUACCUGAUGUCUAAGGAAGAUAAUUACAAGCGGACUCGAGAAUAUAUCCGAAGCCUGAAGAUGGUCCCCAGUAUUCCCUACCUAGGGAUCUAUCUUCUGGAUUUAAUCUACAUUGAUUCUGCAUACCCUGCCUCAGGCAGCAUCAUGGAAAAUGAACAAAGAUCCAAUCAGAUGAACAAUAUCCUCCGAAUAAUUGCCGAUUUACAAGUUUCCUGCAGCUAUGACCACCUCACAACCCUGCCCCACGUGCAGAAGUACCUGAAGUCUGUUCGCUACAUUGAAGAGCUGCAGAAGUUUGUGGAAGAUGACAACUACAAACUGUCGCUCAGGAUUGAGCCGGGAAGCAGCUCUCCGAGACUCGUCUCUUCCAAGGAGGACCUCGCAGGCCCCUCCGCGGGUACCAGCUCAGCGAGGUUCGGCCGGCGGCCCACCUGUCCUGACGCAUCCGUUGCUGGAGGCCUCCCGACGCCCCCAGUCCCGCGACACAGGAAGAGCCACAGCCUGGGCAACAAUAUGAUGUGUCAGUUGAGUGUAGUUGAGAGUAAAAGUGCGACAUUCCCAUCGGAGAAAGCGAGGCACCUGCUGGACGACAGUGUCCUAGAGCCCCGCAGCCCCCGCAGGGGCCUCCCCCUCACCUCCUCCUCCGCGGUCACCAAUGGACUCUCCCUAGGCAGUAGUGAGAGCUCAGAGUUUAGUGAAGAGAUGUCUUCAGGGCUGGAAAGCAGGGGGCGCCUCUACGCCACACUGGGGCCCAACUGGCGGGUUCCGGUCCGGAAUUCUCCCAGAACCCGGAGCUGCGUCUACAGCCCUGCUGGCCCGUGCAUCUGCGCGCCGGGGAGCUCAGCAGCGGUGCCCACCAUGGAGGGGCCCCUGAGAAGGAAGACCCUGCUGAAGGAGGGCCGGAGGCCGGCGCUGUCCUCGUGGACCAGGUACUGGGUCACACUCGCGGGGUCCACCCUCCUGUACUACGGCGCCAAGUCCCUGCGGGGCACAGACCGAAAACACUACAAAUCCACACCCGGCAAAAAGGUCUCGGUGGUGGGCUGGAUGGUGCAGCUGCCUGACGACCCGGAGCACCCAGACAUCUUCCAGCUGAAUAACCCCGACAAAGGCAAUGUUUACAAGUUCCAGGCUGGCUCCCGCUUCCACGCGAUCCUGUGGCACAAGCACUUGGACGAUGCGUGUAAGAGCAACAGGCCUCAGGUACCUGCAAACCUUAUGUCAUUUGAAUAAGUCUCUGCAAGACUUGGCGUGACUUCAAAGGCUUCUGGGAGCCCGGCCCGGAACUGGGGGUGAAGCGCAGGUCCCGGGCACAGGCUGUUGCCCAGGGUGCUGGGAGACUCACAGCCGGACUCCAGGGGACGUGGCGGGCAGCCUCACCAUCCAGAGUGCUCCGCUGGCCUGGGAUCCACCCGGGUGCGGAUCCCCAGAGACGCUGCCCACACACCCACUCUGCAGCGCCCCUUCUGGGCUGUGGUUGGACCCCAGACUGUACACCCUGCCCUGCCCUCCCUCUCUGGGCCCUCGACCUUCCACCAGCUGCUGCUGCUUCUACUGGAGAGCGUUGGCCCAGCCGGGCCCUGAGUGUGUUCUCCUGCACAAGAGUGGACCGUGUGAGCCUGCACGAGGGGCCAGAGAAGGGACAGGCCGCAGAACUGGCUUUUUACACCCCAAGUGCGCGGGGCCACUCGCCCACGGGGCCGCCUCAGAUUUUGUAUCCCCCCCGAAGCGUCCUCUGCGUGUGCGUGCCGUGGAUGUGUGCGUGCGAGCCGGCGAGUGUGACCUCUUCAAGAAACAUGCAUUUUGGCACAAGACUUGUGACAUCACACACUUCAUCGGCGUGGAGGCCCUGCUUCAGCCGUCCGUGAUGGCCUCGGCCUCCGAGGAAGCUCAGCGUGGAGCCCGGACCCUCCUGGGCUGAGGGUCCCCUGCAUUCCUUCACUGUAAACAAACAAUGCCUUAAAUUGUGUCUCGCUUUCUGUUCCUAUGGGUGCUAUUCAUCUGGAAGGCUGCUCCCCGGCCCCCGGCUCCCUUCCGAGCCUUGUUGAUGUGGCUCUUCUGAGACAGGACCCGGCUUCAGGACUGUGGACUGGGCCGCUGGCCUGCGGCUUCCUCCGGUCCUCCCCUCCAGCUCCCCGCCGUGGCAGAACCGGAAGUCGUGAUCUUCCUGCUUCCCCGAAGCGGCCUGGAGGCGCAGGCUCACGCGGCGGCCACGCAGAGGCUACUGCGCACCGCCUUCCCGCAGGGCCAGGCUGUUGCCCUGACCUCUCACCCCUUUGCCUCCACUGCCAGGGCAGGGCCCCCUGGGGUUCCUGGUGAUGCUAGGGAGCUGAGUGACCCUGAGGCCUUAAGCGCCCCCAGUCUUGCCCCCCAACGCAGUCACCAGCAAGUUCUCCAUCAUCCGGGUCCAAGGGCGCAAUUGUUGAUGACCAUGGUGAUGAGCGAGCAAAGGCCUGGGAAGUGGACAGUCCAAGCUCCAUCUUCAGUUAAGAGACAGAUGAAGGUCCUUUCUCUGUCACUUUGUCCUAUUUUAAGUGACUUUUAUUUUGCACAAAUACAUUUUUAUUCAAAGUAAUGAAUAAAGAUUAGCUUUAAGGUAGCUUUAUCCCCAUAGCUUUUCUCCCUCUCUCCCUCCCUCCCUCUCAUCUGAGUGUCCCUAGUUCUGAAAAGGAAGCCCUUGAGUGGUUUUCCAGAAGACACUGAAUUUCUGGGUCCUUGUGGGGAACAUGGUUUCAGUGCUCACUCAAUCAGAUAUCAAACUCCCCUUAAAAAUGUCUGGGCAAGAUGCUGCCAACCAACAUCUUAACAGUGGACUGUAACAGGUCAGUUCACAGAGGACCCACCUCGGUAUUUUGAUCCAACAGUGAAAAACUUUCUGAAAAUGGAAAGAAGUGUGCGGCCCUAGAUGUCAUAGGGCCUUGCUCUGGGGUGGGUCUCUCUGGGCUCAGUCACUAACUGUUUGGAGUAAAGACUAGAAUACUUCGGUGCCAGGAGAAACUCCAGAGGCAGAAGUCAAUGCUGCCAGGCCUUGGGCCUAAAGGUUGAGCACGCCAGCUGCCGCCAGGCCCGGACGCCUGUGCCUGACACAUCCGAGGAGCCCUCUGGGCAUCUCGAGGCUGGGCCAGCCCUGCACUCUGCACCCCCGUCCUGCUGUGACUGACAUUGAAUCUGUCUGCUCACUCUUCAAGUCUGAGGCUUGGAGGAAAAUGUGAAACUGGAGCGCCAGUGACCUCUUUCCCUUGGGCUUCCCUGUCUUCAUGCUGGCCUGGUUUUGUGCACAUCAAGUAUUUUAGAUGCCAAUCCCCAAACCUCAGCGUGGCAGGCUCUGGCUCUCCAACUUUUCUUCCCUUUAUAGACACCCUUUAUCUUUCACAAGUGUUUUCCUCUGAGCCUAAUUUUGAAAUAGCACAACCGCAAUUCAUUUCAAAGUGCUUCGUCUGCUCAUUAAUUGACACCAAUUGAGGGGACCCCACAUCCCCUCCUGGAAGCACCCUUAACUUGGACUCUGAAGGAAUCUAUUUAGGACUUUGUUGGCAACGCCUCAUGAAAGUGGUGAGAACACGGAACAUGCCAGAAGUGUCCUGGACCUGAGCCGAAGGACAGCUGCCUCCACAGCAUGUGAGUCGAGGGCUGUGACCUCUGUGGCAGUGUUGGUGUGUCCUGCAGGCUGCAGGGGAGGGGCGGUGGGGAACAGGACUAGCCCCCCAACGGGAAAGUCAACGGCUGAUUUCUGGUCUUGCUCCCCGAUUGUAAAGCAGCGGGGGUCACACACCUUGCAUGCUUAUGCUGUAUCUUUAUUUUUAAGCAAACAGAUCAUGGCACCCCAACAUGGAAAUUCUAGAAUGUUGUCUGCAAACUGUGGAGUAGGCAGCCAGUCUCUCUCUAUGGUCCCCCCCAAACAGCCUACUUCUCCCUUGAAGUAAUUCUUGCCUCUCAAAGGUGGACACAUUUUGUGAUUCAAAGUUAGCCAAGUGCAUCCUGACAACCGAAAUCCUUCAUGGGGGACUGAUUCGGUGCCAAGUGUUCUGAGUGUCCUCAGUGACAGUGUGUGACCUCCCUCCCCAUCUGGAGGAUGCCCAUUCGCUGCCACUGUGGAACCCAGAGAGGAAAGAACCCCUCUCUCUUGCCAGCUGCUUUUCGAAAGCACUUAUUUCUCACGAAGAUGGCCAGUGUUUCUUUCAUCAUCUCCCUCCCACCUCCUGAGCCCAAGAAGUUUAUCUAUUAGGGUGCCGAACAGAAAAUGGUCUGUGGAAGUGGGGCACCGUUAGCAAAUAAGGGGAGUUCAGAGCCCUUCACUUACCUUAUCGGCAUUUGUAACCAGGUGACUUGCUCAAAACACAACCUUCUUUUUUGUGAGUUCUGAAAUGACUUUAACAAGCCCCAUAUCUUCCUGACAUUGGGUCAUUUCAUGUUUAAAAAAGGAAAACAACUGCAGGAGUCCCCUUGAAAUCACGGUCCUUCUCACAGCCACCCACGCACACAUUCCUAAAGACCUCUAGAGUGUUUCCUGCGCGCCUGGCCGUACCGAAUGUCAGCGGCCGAGAACAAGACAGACCUGACCCCUGCCCUUCCAGAGCUGGCCACUCAGCAAGCAGAGCCUCUCGCCGGCCACCUCAGCACACCCUGUGCAGACUGCUCCAGAAGGGCUUCACAAGACUCCACAGGCUGCAGAGCUCGACCUGUGCAUUCCGCUUUGGUGACAGCUAGAUGGAGUGGCAGUCCCAGCGGCUGGACGUCACAGGACAACCGCCCAGUGCCACGGUUGGGCACGCUGAGGUCCCCGAGGUGGCAAGAGGGAGGAGGCUGAAUGUUGACAGUAUUUACCUCCGAGUUUUCCUUGGUUUUGAUUUCAGUGUUAAAUACAAGAACAGCAUGAGUGCAAGCUGCAUUUCCUUGGGUGUUGAAACUUGGACCGUGAGCCAGCUGGCAGCUCUGUGCAGCACAAGUACCUGUAUUUGGGGACACCCCAAAUCCCUGCUCUUGGCGGCAACACGAUGGAUCGAUCAUCUGUUCAUUCUAUCAGCAUUCAUCUCUUUAUCCAUUUCUGAACGAGUAUGGCCAUUCAGUAAUGAAACAAUAGUAAUUAAUUUAUUAGUGUGGUGUAAUCUUUAAUCAAGUUUGUGCCAAAAUGCAUGGUUUUCCACUUAGCAUUCAGAAUGUUGCAUAGACAGUAGUUUUCAAUUUCUUAUAUAUCCUCCAAAGUAAGUUGGAAAUCAGUUUCAACGUUUUAAUUCGUUUCUUGUUGAAUCUGUCGCACUCUCCCGGGCUGUCUCUUUUUAUUUUUUCCAGCAGGCCCUGCAUGCGCUUGUGUAAGGACUCUCUCUAAUUCCUGUGAAUUGUCUCACCUGCCGUAACCACUGAACAUCAGCCCUUCAUGGGAUUAUUUAGAUUUUUUUGGUGAAGUAUUUUGUUACCUCAGUCUUGUAUCAAGUUGCUGUAUUUUUCAGCUUGUUACACUGAUAAUUGUUUCACUAAUUAAAUACUUUAAUGUACAAACAUCUUUGUUUACUUUGAAAUUAAA